GGAAAGGUUUCAAAUUCGAUCGCUCCUCCGCCUCAAGGAAGUGACAGCUCAGGCGUCAUAUGAUUCAUAUGAGGGAGGACCGAGUGCCGGGAAGUGCUGCUUUCGCUGUAAAACAGGGUGCGUGACCGCAAUGUCGCGUGAGUUCCCGUUGCGCCGAUUCCCCGCGCUCGCCCCAACAGGGCGCCGCUAACGCGCGCAGCGAGCGCGUGGGGGGCGCGCGCCCCGUCCCGCGGGCAGCAUGUGCGACAGUCACAGGGGCGACACGGGCGACACGGAGGAACUGCGGGCCAGGCUGCGGAAACUGACCGUACGGCUGCGGAACAUGCAGGAGGGGAAGCAGCUGGACACCCUGGUCCAGAUCCUACUGGACCUGCUCGACCUCGCGGACGCCCACGACUCCGCCCCAGAACUCUUUGAAGACAGUGAAGUCCUCCAGCCCCUGAUGGUGGUGCUGAGCUCCUACACAGACAGUCCCGCUGUGCAGCAGGUGGGAUUCUCGCUACUUGGUCGCCUUGUGGAAAUCUGCUCUGCUACUCUUGACCAGCUGUCCAGACCACUGUGUGCAGGGGGUGACUGGGAUGUCCUGGGAAUACAUCAGCAAAUUCUCAAGGUGCUGUCGGUACAUGCCAGGCACUGCGGGGUGAUUUUGGUUGUGCUUAAAGUCUUGGCUUCCCUUCUGAAGUCAGAUGUCAUAGUGUUGUUGGUCUUGGAAGACGACAUGGAUGUUUUUGACCUGUUGGUCCAUGCCAUGAGGUGCUUCCACACCAGUGAAGAAAUCCUCGUUCAUGGCUGCAGGUGCUUGCAGCAGCUUCUGGACCAAGUCCCAGAGGAGCACUUGCUGGAGUUUGUCAAUAAGCAGGACCACAGUGUGGUUCUGGAUGCAGCCCGCGUGUUCCACAAUUCUGAGGAGGUGCUUCUACAAGCUCUCAGGGUUCUACUCCCACUAGCGGAUCCAGCCGGUAAUGUGGAGAUGUUGAUGUCGGGAAAUGAGAAGUGCUACAGUAUUAUAAAGCUUGCCAUGGAGUCUUUUCCAAACAACGAGCCGCUGCAAGAAGUUGGGUGCUGCUUGUUCCAGAAAUUUAUGUCAGACAGCUACUAUGACAUCCUGGUGCUGAAUGGAGUGCACAGAGUCAUCGCGAGAGCGUGUGCUGAGCAUGAGGACAAUGCUAAAGUGCAGGCUGCUGGAUUGUUCUGUCUCGCUGCACUAACUCACACAGUUUUCUUAAGUAAGGAGCUGGAGGAGGAGCAGAGCGCAGGGAAGGCUUCGCAGGAGCUGAGCUGGGAAGGGAUCUGUUGCAGAGCCCUGGAGUUCCACACUGCCUCUGCCCAGGUACAGGAGGCUGCAUGCUUGGCGCUGAACAAUCUUCUGCUGCACAACAGCCAGCUCCACCAGAUGUUUGGGGAUGUAGACGGGAGGACGCCCAUCCACAGACAGGUCAUGGCUGUCAUGCUGCUGCACUCGUCUUCUCGGGGAGUUUUCCAAACUGCUGCCUCCACACUGGGGACCCUCAUCGACCACAACAGUAAAAUACGGGCGCUAUUGUUGUCCAGUGGGAUCCACAUCAACGUUGUGGAAAUGAUGAAAAAACACCCUUCCUCUCCCAAGGUUGCGGAAAGUGCGUGUGAGCUGCUCUAUAAACUGUUCCAAGGAAGGACUGCAAGUCUCGACGAGCUGGCUAUGGCCAUGUGUGAGAUCUUGAGAGUCAUGAAGGUCCACAACCUCCUGCCUGGGGUCCAGUUCGAAGCUCUCAAAGCGAGCCUGACAUUUCUGAACCCCGACCGGAGCUUGAGGGAACACGGAGCCUCAGUUGGAGACCCAGACACCGUGGACAUCUCCUUGAAGGUGUUGAAGAACCAGUGUGUGCUGGAGGGCGCACUCACGGUGUGUCUGGAGGCCCUCAACAGGUUCAUCGGGAUGCCGCACAUUCAGAUCUGGGGCCUCCGUGUUCUGUGCGCACUUGCCGACUGCUCCGGUGCACUGGAGCUUCUCUGCCAGCAGGGGGCGAUAGACACUACUCUUCAUGCCCUGCUGAUGUUCCCGAGUGAGAGGGAAGUACAACUGUGGGGCCUUAGUUUGCUGCAGUGCCUGGUGUUGAAGAAGGAAGUGUCGAGCACCGCGCUGCCUGUCCUGGCCUCUCUUCUUGUGAGCUCUCUGAGACGAUAUGAAACGGACACCGAGCUGCUCUUAAAGGGCUUCCAGGUGGCAGGAAAGCUGCUGGAUUCCUGUGCAGGAUCUGCUGCCCAACUGGAGAGAGAAGACUUUGACAGGAUCAUCUUUGAGCAGCUGAGAGCAGGUCUUCCAGAAAGAAACCCUGGUCCACUGCAGAAACUGAGCUGCUCGUGCCUUUCCCAGAUGGCUGCUGACAGUGACAUCAGGUACGCCAUGCUGGAGAAGGCCUGUAUGGAUGGCGAUGUCAUCAUGGCAGAGUGCUUAAUUCAGCUGGGCGCCGAUGUCAACAGAAAAACAAAGACGGAGUCUCUCAUCUACCAGGUUUGCGAGAGAGGUGGGCCACUGGAGCUGGUGGAGCUGCUCCUCGCCAGUGGAAUCCACGAGCAGAACCUACGCAGCACCUUGAGCGCCAGCGUGCACCAGCAGGAUGGGCCCGUGGUUAGUCAGCUGCUUGGGAAGCUGGGCCUCGACACCAACAACAACGCCCUCUGCUUGGGGGGAUUCCGCCUGGGCCACAUCGAGGCGUCGUGGCUGGUUCCGCUGGUCUCUGAGCGCAGAGCUCUGAGUCACAGGAAAAGGAGCAGUAGAGGAGUGUCUCUGGCCAGGGCCAUAUUGUCCUUUCAGCGGAGAAAGUCCACUUUCUGUUCUCAGAGGAUACCCAGUGAUCCCUCUUCCUUAGCGUACCUGUCAGAUGAAAGCGAUGAGCUCAGCUACAUCUCCAUGGAUGAGAGCAUUGUCUUCACCAGUGAAGACCUGGAGAGUGAUGGGAGUGACGAGACGUCUUAUGCAAAGAGUAAAAGCCAGCGUGACGUCUUUGAGGAUCACAAUGGACAGCUGGUGACUUUGCCAAAAGUUCAACAGCGGCGGCCCAGCUGGGAGGGAAGUCGUGCCGAUUCGGAACCUAGGUUCUCUCGGGCAGCCCGGAGCCAUGGAGCUCCAGGUGGGGUGGAAAGCCUGUCCCUGGUGGGCAGAGCCAGAGAGCACAUCAGGCUGCUGGACCUGUCGGGGAAUGAGCUAGACAACCUAUCCUGCCUUACGGAUGAGGACCUGAUUCGGCAGCACCUGGAGCACAUUGUGCGCCUGGACCUGAGCCAGAACAACCUGAGCGAGUUUCCCGAUCUACUCUGUGAGAACCUGAGGAGUCUGACCCGUUUGGACCUCCACGGGAACCGUCUCCAGUCCUUGCCGGCAGGGCUGCUGAGCCUGCCAUCCCUGAGCACGCUCAGUUUGUCCCAGAACUGCGUGGGGCCCCUGCUGAUGCUGCCCCAGGGGACAAGACGUCCCUCACUGAAACAAAUCAAUCUGUCCUUCAACCACAUCGCCGUCUUCCCCAGCGAUGUGGGCCACGUGCUGGACAGACUGGAAGAGCUCAGUCUCGAAGGAAAUAAGAUAACAGAGCUCUGCAAUGUGCUGUGUUUGCCUGAGAUGCGUCUCCUGGAUGUUAGCAAGAACAGCAUCCAACACAUUUCCCCCCACUUCCUGUGCGGCUGCCCCAAGCUGGAGACUUUCAGCGCCUCUGUGAACAAGCUCUGUCAUUUGUCCUUCCUUCCAUCAAGAAUAGCUACUCUUAAGUUGUGUGACAAUCACUUCACUUGUAUUCCUGAAGUUGUACUCCAACUGCCUCAUUUACGAUCCCUGGACAUGCGGAACAAUGACAUCGCGUUCCUGCCUGGUCCGUCAGCAUGGACCUCCGUGAACCUGAGAGAGCUCAUCUUGAGCCGCAACCGCAUCACCACUCUGGACAUCAGGGACCCUGUUGAAAAGUGGACCCGCCUGGAGAAGUUGCACCUCAGUGAGAACAGGCUGACCGAGAUCCCUGGGAGCAUUGGGUUGCUUGAAAACUUGACGUCCCUUGAUGUGAGCAGGAACGAGGGCCUCUGCUCCUUUCCGGAUGAGAUGGGCAUGCUGGGAAGGCUGUGGGACCUGCCUUUGGAGGGACUGCAACUGAACCUCGACUUGAAGCACAUUGGCAGCAGGACCAAGGACAUUGUAAGGUUUCUGCAACAGCGUCUGAAGAACGCUACACCCUACUUCAGGAUGAAGCUCAUUGUGGUGGGGAACUCUGGGAGUGGGAAGACUACGUUGUUGCGUCGGCUGAUGAAGCUGAAGCGGGCACAGCAGCACAUGGAGCUACCAACCUCGGGCAUCGACAUCAAAGACUGGUCAAUCCGGGACCGAGAGAAGAGGAACAUAGUGCUCAAUGUGUGGGACUUCUCAGGUGGGGAGGAGUACAAGGCCUCACACCACCAUUUCAUGACCCAGAGAGCGCUGUACCUCGUUGUGUAUGACCUCAGCAAAGGUUCUGGCGAAGUGGACGCGCUGAAGCCUUGGCUCUUCAACAUCAAGGCCAUGGCUCCUGUGUCCCCGGUCAUAGUGGUGGGCACGCAUACUGAUGUGAGUGAGGAGCACCACCUGCAGGCGUGUAUGGCGAAGUUCAAAGGAGAGCUUGUGCUUCACCACAGCUUCGCCACCAUCAGAGAGCAUCACAUGGUCAAUGCCUGUGAGGAGUCUGACUCCCUGAGGAAGCUGCGCAGGGCCAUCUUGAGGGAGGCCACCAGUUUCAAGAUCCAGGGUCAGCCGGUGAUUGGACAGCGCAUCCCAGACAGCUAUUUGGAGCUGGAGAGGAGGCUUCUGCUGGAGAGGUCCCGAGGGCCCCCCCACUUUCCAGUGCUCCUUCACCAGAAGCUCAUGGAUAUCGUCCAGGAGCAGCAGCUGCAGUUGGACGAGACGGAGUUGGCUCAUGCUGUGCACUUCCUCAGUGAAGCUGGUGUUCUUUUGCACUUUGAUGACCCAGCUCUCCAACUUCGGGAACUCUACUUCAUUAAACCACAGUGGCUCUGCAGCAUCAUCUCACAGAUAUUAAUACUGAGAAGUUCUGGCUUUUCCGAGCAUCCCAAAGGCAUCGUGCAACGCUCUUCUGUAGAGAAGUUCCUCUUGGAGAGCAAAUGUUUUCCCAGGCAUUACUUGACCCAGUACUUGAAACUGCUGGAGAAGUUCCAGAUUGCCCUUCCCAUUUGUGAAGACCAGCUUCUUAUUCCGAGCAGGUUGUCGGACCACCGGCCGGUGAUAGAGCUCCCCCACAGUGAGAACUCUGAAGUCAUCAUCCGACUCUAUGAGAUGCCCUACUUCCCCAUGGGCUUCUGGUCCAGGCAGUUAAACCGGUUGCUCGAGAUAUCGUACACCAUGCUCAGUGGGAGAGAAAAAGGUCUGAGACCAAACCGUAUCUAUUGGAGGACUGGGAUCUAUCUGAGCUGGUCACCUGAGGCUUACUGCCUGGUGGAGUCUGCUACUAUGGAGAACACUCCCGAGAGCUUUAUCAAGAUAACAGUGCCUUGUUCUCGCAAAGGUCGUGUUCUUUUGGCUCAAGUUGUGGACCACAUUGACUCCCUUCUGGAAGAAUGGUUCCCUGGCCUUCUCACCACUGAUGUCCAUGGAAGUGGUGAAACACUACUAAAGAAGUGGGUGCUGUACAGCUUUGAGGAUGGACAGCAGUGGAACAAGAUGCUGCUGGAAGAGCUGUUCACACACAUUAAUGAAGAUUGCCUGCUGGUGAAUCCAAGGAACCCUAAGUCCACAGUUCACAUUUCUCAGAUUGCUCCAGAUCUCUUUCUGAGUGAUCUACCUUCAACUUUGAUGUUGAACAGCGAAGAACUAGAGAUAGACUUUUCCAAAGACUACUUGCUGGGACAUGGAGGAUUUGGGUCUGUUUAUCGAGCUCUCUAUAAGAACGAAGAGGUGGCUGUCAAAAUUUUCAACAAGCAUGCAUCAAAGGUGCACAUCCACAGGCUGCUUAGACAGGAGCUGACUGUGCUGGGACACCUGUUCCACCCCAGCCUGGUGUCCCUCCUGGCUGCUAGUAUUUGCCCUCCUCUGCUGGUCAUGGAGCUAGCCCCUCGAGGGUCCCUGGACUCACUGUUUGAGCGUGAGAACGGCAGCCUCAACCGCAAGCUGCAGCAUAGGAUUGCCCUUCAGGUGGCUGACGGACUCAGAUACCUUCAUGCCUCCAUGAUUGUUUACCGGGACCUGAAGCCCCACAAUAUACUUUUGUUCAACCUCAAGAUGGACUCUGAGAUCAUUGCGAAGAUCACGGACUACGGCAUAGCGCAGUACUGCUGCAGCAUCGGUGUUCGCACAUCUGAAGGAACUCCUGGGUUCCGAGCACCUGAGGUUACCCGUGGAAAUGUAAUAUAUAAUCAACAGGCAGAUGUGUACUCUUUUGGUCUGUUGAUGUAUGAUCUGUUGACCUGUGGCGAGAGGAUCUCUGAUGGAAUGAAAUUCCCCAGUGAGUUUGAUGAAAUGGCAGUGUUUGGGAAGCUCCCAGAUCCAGUGAAGCACUAUGGCUGUUCCCCAUGGCCACAUUUUGAGGAUCUGAUGAAGCAGUGCAUGAAGGAGAACCCUCAGGACAGACCCACAUCCUCUCAGGUGUUUGACAGGCUCAAUUCGGGGGAGAUGCUGUGCCUCAUGAGGGAGGUGGCAGUAUGCAGGACACCAAAUGCUGAGUGCUUCGCAGUGGCCCAUGGAAACGACGGGCCAUGCAUUUGCAUCGGUGGGGGCAGCAGCAGCCAGAGCCGUGGCUGCGUCACAUAUGUCCAGCUGGAAUCUGGGAAACUGACCACCCAGGAGAUUGACAAGAGUCCAGUCCUGUGUGUGGCGACAGUGCGAGUCUCAGAGAGUGGCUCUGAUUGGCUGGUUGCAGGAACACAGUCAGGGGCUUUGAUAAUAAUAAGCCCAAGGGACAUGUUAAUUCAACACUGUCUUCAGAGCGUCACUGACGCGGUGACUUCUCUUUACUUUCACUCGCACCUUCAGGACAGCAAAAAGAAGAGCCAUUUGUUAGUGGGAACUGCAGAUGGAGUUCUGGUGGUUUAUGAAGAUUCAGAGAUCCAGCGUGACAAUGGCCAGCCACUGAAGACACUAGUGAUUGGAAAUGUCAACACUCCACUCAUGUGCCUUGGCCAGUCAAGUCACUCACUGGAUAGAACCACAGUUUGGGCCGGCUGUGGAACUCGAGUCCUGUCCCUCACGGAGGAUUAUGACAUCUGGAAGAGUAUUGAAACCAAAUCCAACAACCUGCAUCAGCGUGGCCACAAGCAGAGCAGUGACACCAACUUGUUCCGUCUAGUGGUGGACAAGCACAUCUGUGUGAGCAAGGCAGGGGAGCACACAGUGGAACUGUGGGACAAGAAAAGCGAGAAAAUGACUGACAUCAUUGACUGUGCCCAGAUACUGAGGCAUAGUCUCAGCAGGAAUCUGAGUACAGGGAAAGAGUGGCCUCUCCCGGGCACAGGACUCUCCAGCGCCAGUGUGAAAGCUCUACUGAUACAACCCAACGCUAUCCUCUGGAUUGGAACCAGGGGUGGUCAUGUGAUCCUCCUGGACCUGUCGACCUGUCGGCCCCUUCGAGUCCUUGGAUACCUCUGCCAGUCUGUCAGAAGCUUGGCAACAGCACAUAUAGUAACGCUAAACCCAAGGAACGUCGUUAUUGGACUGGGGCGAAGCAGUAGGCUACGGAAAGAUGAAUCCAGAGCAGAAAAUGACCCAGGUGAGGACUCGGUCCUGUUGGUGUGGAACAGCACUUUUCCGCAGGAGGUCAGAGACCUGCAGCAGCACUGUGACAUGAGGAAAGAAAUAACAGAAAGAAUAAGAUUGCCACUACAUGACUGAACACUAUAAUGGACAUCUCAGAAACUCCUCAUGGAUUCACUUGCAUUUACUUUUUCAGCCAUUUGAUUUGGUUAUUUCAUGCAUUAUUUUGAAUGUUUAUGUCUACGGAAAUUUAUUCAACAAAGGGACCUGUUAGAAAAAAACUGUUUCUGUCUCAUAUGUAUUAAAAGGAUGUGAAGUACUUUAAUGCACCUCACAAUCAACAGUGUGUUUCCUUUGACUCCUAAUCUGGAGAUGUGUGUCUGUGUGUGUUUGUUAUCACAGCUCUGAAGAUUCACACUAAAAAGCAUAUUGAAAUUAGGGCAGAAGUGUUUAUCGGAAUGAUUCUUAAACUUUAUAAAAAUUGAAGCUGAGAGACAUUUAUUACAUUAGUUUCAGGACAUACUGCAUUUUUAAAGACAAUUUUAAACCUAGUUUUUCCAGGUUCUUCUAACGUCAUUGUAUAGCAUUGUUCUGUACACUGAACUCGCACAGAUUGUGAAAUAGUUGGAAAUUAUUUUCCUGUUUUUGUUUCAAGCUAGAAGGGGGCGCAGUGGCUUGGACC